AUGGGGGAUAGGACGGCGGCCUGGAGAGCUCUCAACAAGCGUUUCGAUGCUCAAACCCAGGAAGCUCGGCGUGCGUGUCACAACGAGCUGUUCAACCUGCGACACCUUGUGGGCGGUGAUCCCAUCGACUGCUUCACAAAGGGGUGGGAUCUCAAGCUUCGCCUUGAGGUGCUGGGGGAGGAAGGUCUCCAGGCGACGGCUAACCGCUUUUUUGUGGAUCAGCAGUCGCGCAACGCGUCGGGCCCCGUGGUCUCAGGCCAGGGGGCUACGAUGGCUGUCGCUUCCGACACCGACCUGUGCCACCGAUGCAAGGAGUACGGACACUUCCAGCGUGAUUGUCCCCAACAGGAGCAAAAGGAGAUCCAGGAAAACAAGCAAAAGGAGGGUGAAGGGUUGGCGGCUAACCUGGCGCCCCUGCAGUCAGCUGGCCAUGCCAAAUUUCUGCAACUCCCCAAUAUCGGGAGUGCUCACCUGGCGCAAUCGUCUCCGGCGGUGGCGCAACAGGCUCCGUCAGAGCCGACUUCGUUCGGGUUCUCCUUCAACGCUCUCGGAACUUCCUUGGCAGAGGCAACCUCGUCGUCUGCCUCUUCCCAGCCACCUCCGGCGGCGUCUGCCGCCACACAGGCGGCACCUGCAUCUGCCUCAUCAGCGUCGAGUGCGCAAGACCACCGGCUGCCUUCAGGGUUCUUCGGUGCGUUCAUGGCGACUCAUGCAGAGUUGUCGCUUGCUCCUUUUCGCUCCGACGGAUCGUCCAUCCGGAUGGUUGUUGACAGUGGAGCAACAGACAAGUACCUCCACCCUUGGCUUACACCAGGAUUGCGGGCUCACAUGCGCGACGUCGAACACCUUCGGGUCCCACACACGAUCGUCGCCGCGGGCCAGCAUGUCCUCAAAGGCGUUGCGACGGGGACUAUCUUCGGCGCCGUCAGGGACGACAAUGGGAACGACCGGCACGUCUCCUUUCGCGUCAUCUUGGUACCAGGGCUGGGCACCAACCUCUUCUCCGUGACAUUGGCGAUGCUAAAGGGGGCGGCGACGUUGUUUCAUCCGGAGAAUCCCAGACCACCUACGGUGUCCUGCGCCCGUUCCAGCACGUUUCCGUCGACACCCUUGGCCCCUUCAAACCUACAGCGUUGGGCGGAUUCAAGUACGCCACCAAGUUCGUGGACAGACCAGUGGGCGGAGAUAGUUCUCAUGAAGGACAAGACCUGUUCUGUAGACUCCCUCGCGUUGUUCAACAAAGGGACCGUGGUUCCUACCGGCGAACGCAUUCAUUGCCUCCGCGGGGAUCCGGGCACAGAAUUCACGAGUGCGGAAUUCCGUCAGUACUGUCAAGACAUCGGCGUGAAGCUGGAGUUCGCCUCUCCGAACACCCCUCAGCAAAUCGGAGCCAACGAGCUUGCGGGUCGGACGAUUUUGAAUGUCGUGCGCUGUCUGCUCGCUGACUCAACUGUACCGAACUUCAUUUGGGGGGAGCUGAUCCAGAUGGUAAUCUACCUGAGCAACCGGGUUCCUCAUGCAGCCCUGCAAAACGGGACGCCGUACAAGGCGCUCUACGGGAAGGAUGCCUACCUUGGUCACCUUCGGAACUCUGAGACGCGACGUGUACGGGUGAGUCGAAAUGUUGUCUUCAUUGAGACACCUCCCGUUUCGCCUGCGUUGGAUGAGGGUGUCUUCGACGACGGGGAGUUCACGUACGACAACCACGACGACAUGGUGCUCGUGGUGGACCUUCGCGAGGAGGAUCUGCGCGGGGAGGCAUCACGCCGCGUGGAGGUCGCGGCUCGGCAAGUGGAAGUGGUUCUCGUGGUGGACGAGGGUCCACGUCGACACCUCCUAUCACAAGGGACGGCUCCUUUGGUUUCACGGAAUACGCGUACGCUAUGGGGGCAUCUCAACCGGAUGUUCCACGAACGAUCCAAGAGGCAAGGGCCGGACGGAGCGCAGUGGAACACAGCUGCAGAGCGCGAGAUCGCGAGUCUCAAGGAACGUCAAGUUUACAAGCUCGUCCCGCCCACGGCAGUUCCCCCAGGGAGGAAGCGGACAACGUCCAAAUGGGUGUUCAAGCGGAAGGCAGAUGGCUCCUUCAAGGGGCGUCUAGUGGCGCAAGGCUGGAACCAAGUGCCUGGACUGGGCUGCGGCAGCACCUACGCUCCGGUGUGCAGGUUACAGAGCAUUCGGAUGUUAGCGUGCAUAGCCGUGCAAUUCAACCUGGAGUUGGAUCAAAUAGACGUGUUCACAGCCUUCCUCUACGUUGACAUCCUGGAGAACGUGUUCGUCGAACAACCACCUGGCUUCGAGGUCAAAAACAAGGAUGGAGGUGAUCUAGUGAUGCAGCUACAGGAGAGCCUCUACGGGCUGGCCCAAAGCCCCAGCAACUGGUUCCACACCAUCGACCCUUUCCUUGUUGAGAUAGGUUUCGUUUCGCUCAAGUCUGACACUUGCGUCUACCUGUUCAAGAUGACAAACAUGGGCGAGGUGAAACUUGUCUUGGGCAUGGAUAUUAAGAAGGACUGCAACCGAGGUACACUGACGAUUUCCCAGGAAGCGUACAGCAAGUCCAUCUUAGAGAGGUUCGGGAUGUCGGAAUGCAAACCAAUCAGCACGCCUGGCUACGGUUCGGAGCUCUCCAACAAGCAACCAGAGGACACGCUGCUAGACGAGGAGGAAACGCGACGUUAUCAGGGCAUCGUGGGAUGUCUGAUGUACAUCGCUCAAGUGCUCCGCUACGACGUCAUGUUCAAGAUGACAAACAUGGGCGAGGUGAAACUUGUCUUGGGCAUGGAUAUUAAGAAGGACUGCAACCGAGGUACACUGACGAUUUCCCAGGAAGCGUACAGCAAGUCCAUCUUAGAGAGGUUCGGGAUGUCGGAAUGCAAACCAAUCAGCACGCCUGGCUACGGUUCGGAGCUCUCCAACAAGCAACCAGAGGACACGCUGCUAGACGAGGAGGAAACGCGACGUUAUCAGGGCAUCGUGGGAUGUCUGAUGUACAUCGCUCAAGUGCUCCGCUACGACGUCAUAGGCUCCAAGCUUGCGACCUUUUCGGAAUCCAACUGGGCGAACAACCCGGACAACGGAAAGUCUUCCUCUUGCUACUUGACGAUGUUAGGCAAUGCACCGGUGAGUUUUAAGUCGGGGAUACAAGGUCCAACUGCCAUGUCUACCAUGGAGGCAGAGCUGAUUGCAUCGGCGCUAGCCAUGAAGGAAGCAGUGUUCUGUUCUAACAUUCUAACUGAGCUAGGGCUCGGUAAGGAGUUUGCCCAAGUGCCGCUGUACUGCGACAACACGGCGACGCUGCACGCGCUUGGAAACCGCUCCUUCAGCUCGAGGACAAAACAUAUCGCACUUCGCUUCUUUUACAUCCGAGAGCUAAUAUCUGAAGGACGGAUAUCGAUCCAUUACAUCCCGACGGACAGCAACAUUGCCGACAUCGGGACAAAGCAUCUUAACAAGCAUCGGCUCAAACACCUGCUGGACAUCAUCAGCNGCUAG